CAGCCAGGGUCAAAGGAUCCCACCAAGAUAAGCAUCCAAAUGUUUUUUAAGGUCUCUAACAAACAACUACUGAGAUCCUAAUUGAUGAGGUAACAGUCUUUUUCAUCUUUCUCACUUCCUUAGAAUGGCUGCCUUUUGCCUAAGGAAAUUAAUACAUCAAGCCACAAAGAAUGAAACUACUUGCCUAAGUAGAUGCUUUGGAAGCUUCUUGAAGCCCAUGAUACAGAAGACACCGUUCGCUUCGUUAUGGGCAACCACAGUUGGAACUAAACAAAGACUCGUGUUUGUACAGACCAAAUCAUUUUCUUCAGGUGUAGACACUAACCCGGAACCAGGGGGGAAAAAAAAAAAAGUAACACCCACCACUUUUGGAAGUGUUGGCAGAAAAAUCCCCAGCCAAAUCGUGCAGCUAAUUGAUGAGAAAGGGGUCAGCCUAGGAAACAUGCACAGAGCAGAAGUUAUUCAACUCAUGACAGAACGCGAACUGAAGUUGGUUCCACUGAACCUUGAUGCAGAGCCUCCAGUUUAUGGACUAAUGACUGGACAGCAGAUUUAUGCAGAACAGAUUAGAAGAAAAAAGGCAAAAGCAAGCUCAGGAACUGGGCCUUGUGAGCUGAAAGAGAUACGUUUAUCUUCAGUUAUUGCAAAGCAUGAUUUGGAGACCAAAAUUAAACAGAUUCGGCAGUGGAUUGACAAGAAGCAUCAUGUCAAAAUUUCUGUUUUGAAAAAGAAUGAAGAUCCAGAAACAAUGCCAUUGCUCUUUGCUAAGAUUUUUGAAGCCGUGUCUGAGAAAGCUACUUACCAGUCCCAGCCAGCAAUCGUAGGCAAGAAGUAUGUGUGUGUGUUGAGGUAUAUAGCAGACACAGAACUUCAGAAACAGAACGUGGAAGAAGUAAAAGACAACAAACAGAGUGACAUUCGUAAGAAACAUGGAAGUGAAGCUACAAUAUCAAAUGAAUUGCAAUAGUGACUUUAAUUAAAAGAAAACAACAAAAACAAAACAAAUUACCAGUGAAAAUAUUCUGUACAAGUCCUUAUAAACUUAAUAAAGCACUUGUUAAGUUCA